AUGUCAGUCGAAGCCUCCCACCCCUCCAGUCGUGCUAGUUUCGUGAUCGCAAUCAUAUGCCCACUUUCCCUGGAGGCGCAAGUCGCGAUACCCCUCUUUGACACGGUCUAUGACAGAACUGUCUAUGAGAAAUAUGGGCCUGUGCGGAAUGACCCCAAUCACUAUACGCUGGGCCGUAUUGGCCGUUACGAUGUGGUUCUGGCCCACAUGGGUGGUUGUGGGAAAGCCGAAGCAUCCAGCGUGGCCAGUCAUAUCAAACAAAGUUAUCCGGGCAUCGAACUGGCCCUGUUGAUAGGGAUCUGCGGAGGAGUGCCUUACAGGACGAAUGUGGGUCCAGCACAACCGAGAAGAGAUGUUUUUCUUGGCGAUGUGAUAGUCAGCGGCGCGAUUAUUCAAUAUGACUUGGGGAAAAAGUUGCCGCACCGAUUUGUGUGCAAGGAUACGUUAGAGUCAAAUCUAGGGCGAGCGAGUCAGCAGAUCCGGUCAUUCAUUGAGACCCUAAAGUCACGUCAUGAAGAAUUGUCCAAGGAGCACCAGAAGUAUCUUCAGACUAUACGAGAUUGCAAAGAUGUGCCAUAUCCUGAACCCAAUAGCGACAUCUUAUUUAAGCCUGAAUACAAGCAUCGCUCACACUGUCAGUGUAUGAGUCAUGUCAGUGGGGACGAAAGCGUUGUGGACCGCCGCCGUGUGGACUCCGAUGGGAUUCCCUAUAUCCAUUUUGGUCGGCUUGCCUCGGGGGAUACCGUGAUGUGCUCUGCCAAAGAUCGAGACAAGAUUGCCAAGCGCGAAAAAGUUCUUGGAUUUGAGAUGGAAGGGGCGGGCGUAUGGGACAGUGUCCCUUGCAUCCUGAUCAAAGGAGUAAGCGACUACGCUGAUAGCCAUAAGAAUGAUGUAUGGCAAUAUUACGCCGCUGCAAGUGCAGCGGCUUGCAUGCGUGCUCUCCUGGAUCAGACUCCCAUCUCGCCCGCGACGUCAUCAGCGGGCCCAGGACAGGAUACACUUGCUCCCCAGUUAAAUCCGCGAAAAAGACCCGCAGAGCCAUCUGAGGUCUCUAGUAACGAACGGGAAAAAGCGUACCUUGACUUACUAACCUUUCCCCAGGCCCAGUAUCGCCUGGACGAGAUUACCGAUCCUCACGAUACGACUUGCGCUUGGGUAUUAGAGCGACCAGAAUUUAAGACAUGGAUGAGCGGGGAGGAUCUGAAAAGACACGGAGGAUUUUUUUGGAUCAAAGGGAAGCCAGGAGCCGGAAAGUCGACGCUCAUGAAAUACCUUCUUCCAAAAGCAAAGCAAUUCGGAAAAGACACAGUGAUCUCGUCUUUCUUCUUCCAUGCCCAGGGCGUGGACUUGGAGAGGUCCACUGUGGGAAUGUAUCGUUCCCUCUUGCACCAGCUUCUCUCGUCUACCGCCAUUCCGUCAAGUGCCAAACAGCCCUACUUCAACUUUGCAGCGAAGAUGCUAAGUCAAGAUGACGGGAUAACUUGGACGAUCCGAGACUUGAAGCAUCAGCUCUUAUCGAUCAUCCGAUCUCUGACCAACCACUACGUGUUUGUUUUUAUUGAUGCUCUGGAUGAAUGCGAUCAAGACGAGAUGGGUGACAUGAUACCGUUCCUCGAGCAUCUGGGACACUCCGCGAACGCAUGCGGGGUUCAUUUGAGAAUCUGCCUGGCAAGCCGACACUAUCCACAACUCAGCAUUGAACGUGGCAUUGAGUUGGUCCUGGAGUACCAGCAGGAGCAUCAAGGCGACAUGCGAAAGUACGUUGAGACUAAGUUAAGAGGGGGCAAGUCCAAGAUGAUCCAAGAAAUUAGAGAAGAAAUUUGCGCCCGGGCAGCCGGAGUAUUCCUCUGGGUUACACUUGUGGUUCGGUCGCUGAAUGAUGCGUUUGCCAAGGGCAAACUCCAUGCCGUACGUCAACGGCUGGAUGAGAUUCCAGACGGCCUUGACGAGCUUUUCACCGAUAUGCUGACCAGAGACACCAACGACAUUAGCGAUCUUAUCUUCUGUCUUCAGUUCAUAUUAUUUGCGCACCGUCCGUUAUCCAGGGAUGAGCUUUACUUCGCCGUCAUGUUUGCUAAAGAUGGCUUGAUCAAAAGAGACGGCGAAUGGCACAUUGAUCCCCACAUUGAAAAUUUCAUCCUCAACAUCUCCAAAGGCCUCGUUGAAACCUCCCGAUCUAAAUCACGCACUGUGCAUUUUAUCCACGAGUCAGUGCGGGAUUUCUUACUGCGACGGGACGGUUUCAGCAGACUUCAGGCUGGGUUGGGCGCGAACGCAGUCGGGAACGCCCAUGAUGAGCUUGCACAACUCUGCUUUCGAUACAUGUGCCAAUUCAAGUUGUUAGCCGCGGAUGAUAUUUCAAAACUCUAUGCUUCUCCACGUGCAGCAAAGAUAAAGUACGUCGAGUCAGAAACCCCGUUUCUCGACUACGCUAUUCAUAGCCUCCUACCUCACAGCAAUGCGGCCGAGGCUGCAGGUACUUCGCAAGAUGCCUUCCUGGCAACGUUCUCUUUGUCAUUCCAUGACUUCAAGGACAUUCGUAAUGCCCUGGAACCUUAUCACACCCGCCGAUAUAGGACCAAAGUGACGGCUCUGUAUGUCCUGGCAGAAUUGAAUUUGGACCAUCUCAUCCGCCUAGAGCUCCUACGCACACCGCCGUUGUGGAAGGAAAUGGGAAGGCAUCACAGUCCAAUGGGUGCCGCUGUCUACGCGGGUAACACGCUUGCGAUUAGAGCCCUGCUUGGCUGCGAUCCAAGUGCAAAUACCUCUGCCGACAAUUCGCUGCUUAAGCCGGAUGUUAUUGAUC